AUGUUUUCACCUAAAACCGAUCUACAUAGUUCAAAUAAAAUAAGUAAACCGCAAGACGAUCGAUCACUAAGUAGAAGUUCCAUCGAUUCAUCUUCACAACAAUCGUUAGACUCGAAAUCUGCUUCUUUCCCAUCAUAUUGUUUGUUUGUCGCUUUUGUGGCCGUUAUUGCGUCGCUUGAAAAUGGAUGGAAUCUCGGUGUCACAAAUAUUCCUGAGCAAAUUAUUAGGAAUUGUACAUCCAACCUACGUGUACAAUCAAAAUUUCCAGAUUGUCUUCCAAUGGACAAUUUAUUAUGGGGUUUUGCCACAGGAAGUUAUGCUAUUGGGGGCCUUUUUGGAGGUCUCCUGGCAGGUCGUUGUCAAACACUCUAUGGAAGACGAAAUACUUUAGUGUUCAAUACUAUAACUUGGAUAUUUGGUGGUUUGUUAUUAGGAACAGCACUUCACCCUUUAAUGUUUGUAGCUGGUCGCAUCUUAACUGGUAUUGGAAGUGGUAUUGGAUCAGUCACUGUUCCGACAUAUAUAGGUGAAGUGGCCACUAUAAAAUCACGUGGUGCCAUAGGAACGAUUUAUCAGUUAUUUGUAGUAAUUGGUAUCCUAAUAACACAAUUACUCGGCCUUGUACUCUCAUUCGUUCCAGGUUGGCGUGUAUUAUUGGCAUUAACAGCAAUUCCCGCAUUAAUUCAGCUCUCACUUUUGCCUUUAUGUGUUGAAUCACCAAGAUAUUUGAUUUCACAAAAUCGAUUUUCAGAAGCAAAGGAUGCUUUACAAAAAUUAAGAUAUGGGUACAAUGUUGAAAAUGAAUUUCAGGAAAUCGUUGGAGGGCAGACUACGCAAUCUAAUGGAAGACUUGUGAAUGGAAAUUCAAAUAUGUCAUCUAUUACUGAGGACGCAGUUACACCGACAAUCCAGAAUGCUAGAGGUACCGCUAUGUUUCUUCAAAUUUUCGGUCCUGGGGCAAAAUAUGCAACGCUUGGAGUUGGAGUAAUUAACCUGUUGACGACAUUAAUCUCUGCUUACUUGGUAGAUAAGAAAGGUCGAAAACCUCUAUUAUUUUCUUCAUUCAUUGGAAUGUGUACUUCAUCGAUUCUUAUAGUAAUUGGAUCUCUGUAUCACGAUAAUGUUUUGGUGGUUGUCGCUGUUUUGUUAUUUAUUUCUUCUUUCGCUAUUGGAAUUGGUCCAAUCGCAUUCCUUAUUACACCAGAUACUACCAACACAUUGCUACUUCAACAAUCUCUUGGAGGAUACACUUUUAUUGUUUUUGCUAUUAUUUCGGGAAUUUCAACUAUUGCUACUUUGAUGUUUCUACCUGAAACAAAGGGAAAAAGCCUUGAAGAAAUAAACAAUAACCAAUGA